AUGGAUAUACGUCGCCAGGGUGGAGCGGCGCAAGUACCUGUUAUGGCAUCUGCCAUGGCGCCCCUGGCCCCUGGCCUUGUAUAUGUCAAUUCGCAAAUUGUUUUGUCGGUUGAAUCUGCGGGCAGGCAAGCAGCAGCACCAUUGAGAAUCCAAGACCAGAGUCUAUCAGAACAGCAUGUGGAAAGCAGGUGGGCUGAGGAUAUCGAUUCUCUGGGCGCUUACCGUCGGCACAGAGUAUGUCAAAUAUGA